CUGUACACUGUCCACCCGCCUCCACCUGCCUCGGCACGGAUUAUACAGGGACACACUUCAUUACCGGAAUGACGGAGCGCUAAAGCCGCUGCCUGCGCGCGCCACUGUGUGUGUGUGUGUGAGAGAGGGAGGUCGCGCGCCGUCUAGAGUGGAGCAGAGACAGAGGUUUAUGGUCGUCCCAGGUAUCGCAGGAGUGCAUCUGGGAAAGAGCACACCUGUGUGUGUGUGUGUGUGUGUGUGUGUGUGUGUGUGUGUGUGUGUGUGUGUGUGUGUGUGUGAGCCACCAUGCUGGCGUGUCUGCAGCCGAGCCUGAAUGCCUCCCACAAUUCCAGGAGCCUGGACACACCCAGUGUUCACAAACGGGAACCAAGCAUGGCUGUCCGCUCUACCCGCUACCCGAGCACGGCGGAACUGGACGCCUAUGCCCAGAAGACGGCCAACAGUCCACUGUCCAUUAAAAUAUUUCCUACCAACAUCAGGGUCCCACAGCACAAACAUCUUAACCGCACAGUGAAUGGCUACGACACAACGGGUCAACGCUACAGCCCAUACCUCCAACCAGGUGCCUACCAGGGCCUUCUGGCCAUGGUCAAAGUUUCAACAUCAGCAUCUUCAUCAUCAUCGUCAUCGUUUGUUGCUUCCACAAAGGCUGUGGUGAAGAAUGCAGAGGGCCGGCGGACUAAAGUCUCCCCUGCACACUUAGCUGUGGCUCCCUACCAAGUGGGCUUCAAUGCUGCACCUUUAAAGGGACCUGAUACGACGCCUCUUACCAUUCCGCCCAACGUGACAGUUGCCAGCUCUGUCAUCCCUCUAGCAGGAACGAGAGGCAUUAAUCUGUCCUCUCAGUCAAAUCUCCCAUCAAUCCAGAGCAUCAUCUACCAGAUCAACCAGCACUGUCAAGCCCAGGCCCUCCAGCAAGUCUCCGCGGUUCCCUCAAACUCAAAUUCCAAGCCCAGUCCUUGCAAACAGGGCACCACAGCGCUUGGGGUUUCAUCUGUCUCAGGAGGGAGUUAUGCAGCAAAUCUGGCACUUCAAGGGAACGUGGGAUAUUCUGGAACAGUAGUACCAGGACAAAACGUGGAUGUAACAAAGGUGGCUGCAUAUACAGAGAGUUUGGAUUACAUCCUGUGGCAGAAACAGCAGCAGCAGCAGCAAGCCAUUCUGAGGAUGUACAGCGGGGGAAGCGGAGGCAGCAGUGCGGUUAGCAGGUCACCAGAAUCUUGUGGCCCAAGCAUCCUGGUUGGUGGAUCCCAGGCAUCAUGUUCCUCCAGGACGUACCCUGUAAUGGCAAGUGUGAGCGGAGGAGGUGGUCUUGAAAAACUGAGCUCCUCACCAUUGAACUGUGCAGCCAUGCAGGGGAAUUUCGCUUUGGGGCAAUAUUUUGCCCCACCAUGGAACAGUGUCCUGGUUACCCCAGAAAGUGACUGCUACAAUCCUCAGGAGUUGGCACCAGGGUCCACAUCUAUUGGGCAGAAGGAGCUGGGCUUCCUGCCUCAUCCCCACCAUCUCCAUCAUCACUACCACCACCAUCACCAACAUGCACCCGCGGACAGCUCGGGAGGGAUUUGCUGCGCUUUGCCAAGUAAAGGCUUGUGCAACGCUUCCGUCCUCAGCAGCAGUUUGCAGUCGCUGGAAUACCUGAUCAAUGACAUCCAUCCGCCGUGUAUCAAGGAGCAGAUGCUGGGUAAAGGCUACGAAACCAUCUCAGUACCGCGACUUCUGGAUCAUCAGCAUGCGCACAUUCGACUUCCUGUUUACAGAUAGAGCUAAAGUUUGACAAGAUAUUGAAGAUCAUUUUAAAUGGAAACAGUUUCAAUGGUCGGGUUUGGUGGAUUAGGGUCAGUUCUUUGGUUCUUUUAAGCAGAGUGGGAAGUUCUGGAUGGAGGUUGGUUAAAGACUGUGAGAAAACUCAAAGUCAAAGAUCUGGCAUAAGAAUGUUUUUUUUUUUUUUUGGCUUGUUUUUAAUUUUUUGUUCUUCACAUUAUCCAUUCAUUGGUGAUGAAAACCACUUCAUACAUGAGCGGGAAAUUACUUUCCUCUGUCUCGACCGAGUGUGUGGAUUUAUACAGGGAAGAAGAAACACACCUUCAACAAGUACACCUUCAAAGUGGUGUUUAACUUUGUUGAAUCAUAUUACUAUACAUGUUACUUUCAUAAAAUAAUAAUUAUAAGAGCUUAAUUGUAAAAAUAAUUAUGAUUAUGAUUGAAUUGCACUGCGUUGGAAAUCUGAAAUCUUGUACAAAGAUUGAGAAACUGGAAACAACUAGUUUGAGCUGAACGUAUUUAUGAAACUUGAAGAAAACUUGAAUUUAUUUUUUUGUUAUUUUAUAUAUUUGUAGUAUACGAGAUGUUUUUGGCUGCUAAGGAGAAUGAUGUGUCUUAGUUUUUUUUAAUUGUUACUUUUCCUUUUUUGCUUUUUUUUUUUUGCUAAAAUCUUGUAACAGGUCCAAUCACUGCUUUGAGAGUUAUGAGGAACUGACACUGGAGUCCACGGAAUGAUUGAUGGCUGCUCAGAAAUAAAUCAUGUUUUAAAUAUUAAGGAUUCAGAAGGUCCUGAAUUAUUUCCACUUUGGUUUUAUGUUUGAGCAUUCUUGUGUUUAAGGACCUGUUUUUAAUGAUGGUUGUUCAUUUAAGUCCACGACCAAGAACUGUUUUUAUUUUUCUUGAAAAUAAAAGCAAGAUUUCACUCGUAUGAUUCAGGAAGAAUUCAGCUUGUAUUUUUGUCGUCAUUUCGAAAUAUCUAUUUUUAUUUUUUUUUGUAAUACUUUAUGCUUUUAACAGUGUUAACACACUUGUCAUAAUCUCUACCACUUCCACCCACUGAGGAGCUUAGUUUUUAUUUUUCAUAAGUGAACAAAUAAAACAGUUCAUGGUAGUCGACGCAGAACCGUCUGCACAGAUCUUUUUUCUGAUUUAGUGUUCAGGUUGUUUAAGGACAUUCCGCUCUUUGUGAUCGAUUUUUGGAUCUUUUCUGGUUUUCUCGUGGUUGUGAGAAUUUUCCGAUACUUGGUCACAUGACCAUAUUUAAAGCUAGACUGCAGGAGAGAAAUGGUCAAAUCCAACAUUCAAUUCUUUAUCUUUAUUUUUUGGAAUGAUGAAACAAAGAUUUUUGAUUUGUUCCUCUGGUGGAGACAGUCAGUACGGAAUUCUCUGUCUCUCUCUCUCUCUCUCUCUCUCUCAUUCAUUCCAGCUGUGAAGUCCCUGCGAAUGUGCUGCACUUAUCCGCCUGAGUGGACUGACGUAAAAAGCAAAAAAAAAGCAAAAAUAAAGAGAGAGAGAAAAAAAGAUGAAGAGAAAUUGGAUUGGCGCCACGGUACCCAGCGCUGAAUUAGCAUUUCUUUUUCAGGCGAGUUUUAUUGGAAAAUUGAAUUCCUAAACUCAGACACAGAGAGAGCGCGAGAGAGAGGGAGAGAGAGAGGGAGGGAGGUGAGUGUUUGGGUUUCUGCCACAGGCAAAAAGCAGUCUAGAUUUAUGAAGUGCAAUUAUUAUGACUGUAUGAAGGGUAAUUUUAUUUGCUUUUUUUCCGAGGCUCAAACCAAAACCUAAAAAAGAAAAAAAGAGAGAGAAAGACAGAGAAAAUUUCCUUUGUGAUUCUGGUACAUUCCUGCUGUUCUGUAUACUCACUCACUAUUUGUUUUGUUUUGAAGUGCAAAAAAAAAUAAAUAAAUGGAUUUUGAGAUUUUAUU